AUGGCCACAACGACUAUUACCGAAGCGCCCGAUUUCAAUCCCUCGCUCAAAUCCUCCCCUGAUCGAGCUUACUCCUAUGCUGAAGCCUACAUCCCCGCACUCACAACACAAUGCCAUGCCUCAAAUCUUCUUAUGCUCCCCAAUGGUGACUUGCUAUGCGUCUGGUUUGGUGGCAGCAUUGAAGGUCGACCCGAUAUCUGCAUCUACAUGUCCCGGCUUCCAGCGGGGGCUAAGAUCUGGAUCGCAGCCAAGAAAAUGACACACGACCACACGCGCAGCGAGCAAAAUCCUCUUUUAUUUCGCGUUCCUUCCACUGGAGAGAUCCGACUGCUAUAUACAUCCCAAGAUGCCGGAAAUCAAGACUCAGCUAUUGUGAAGCAAUUAAUCUCCGUCGACAAUGCAGUCAAUUGGUCGGGUCCAAGUAUUUUGUUCAAUGAGCCGGGGACGUUCAUCCGACAACCAGUCAUCGUACUAAAGGAUGGGACAUGGGUAGUCCCAAUCUUCAAAUGCCGGGCUGAGCCAGGUGAGCGAUGGCUCGGGAGCGACGAUAUCUCAAGCAUCCGGAUAUCAAAGGACGGAGGACAGACAUGGACAGAGAGGGAUAUCCCAAAUAGCUACGGAUGUGUACACAUGAACAUCCAGCAGCUGAAGAGCGGCUCAUACCUUGGGCUGUUCCGAAGCCGGUGGGCAGAUAAUGUGUAUUUGUCGACAUCUGCAGAUGGGUUGGACUGGAGUGAGCCCAAGUCCACUGUUCUUCCCAAUCCGAAUGCGGGUAUUUGUUUUGAUGUCUUGCCUUCCGGUCGAGUUGUGCUGGUGUAUAACCAUUCCUCUAAGGAGGAUGCUCUCGGUCGGCGCGACGGUCUCUAUGACGAUAUCAGCGAUGGUACUGAUACGCGUGCCAACCAGGCGAGUAAGCACGGGAAAGAAGCUUUUUGGGGUGCUCCACGAGCACCAUUGUCCGUGGCAUGGAGUGAUGACGAGGGGGCGACCUGGAAGAUUAAAACACUUGAGGAGGGUGAUGGGUUCUGUCUGACGAACAACAGCGAGAAGAAGCUGAACCGCGAGCUGUCGUAUCCUAGUAUCUUGGUUGAAAAGAGCGGUGUGGUCCACAUUGCUUUUACUUUCUGGAGACAGCGUAUCAAGUAUGUUCGACUUGGGGAGGACUUUUUUUUCUAA